UCUUAUAAACAUCCCAAAGAUUCUUGGAGGCGGCUGUAAUGUCAUCACUUUUUUCCCAUAGGACACACAUGGAAAAUGGUGAAGAGGAGAUGUUAAUGGCAGAAGAUCAUGGGCCUGAUUUGAUUAAUUCUCAGGAUUUUAGGAGGCAAUGUAGCAUCAUCAGAAGCAGCUUAGCAUAUUAUCACUGCAAGGAGGAGGAGAGAGAACACCUGAUAGCCCAUGAGAGUUUGGAUUAUUUGCCUUCGCACAGUGAAGUUUAUAAAAAGUGGCUACAAGAGAAAACAUACAGAAAAGAGUGGGAUCGCUGGCUGCUGAUGGGGCUAAUCGGAACAGCAGUUGGGAUGCUCGCAUUUUUGAUUCAUCAGAUAAUUGACUCUCUCAUCAAAUUGAAAUGGGACCUGGUGGAAAAUUACCUGCAGGAUGGGAACAUCCACAUGACGUGGCUGUGUGCGCUUGGGUCUGGGCUGGCCAUGGUGGUUCUCUCUUCAGGCUCAGUGCUGUUCUUUUGCCCAGCAGGUUCACCAUCUGGCUUGCCAGAAAUAAUUGGGUAUUUGAAUGGCACUUCUAUUCAACAUCUUUUUAAUAUCAAGACCUUUUUAGGGACAUUUGUCUCAUGCGUGCUGGCUGUAGCCUCCGGGCUCUUCUGUGGGUCAGAAGGUCCCAUGAUCCAUUUGGGUGCCCUCCUGGGUUGUGGCCUGAGCCAGCUGCAGUUGGAUACCCUUGGCGUCCACCUCCCGAUCUUCACCAGGUUUCGCAAUUCAGCUGAUAAGCGCAGUUUCAUUACGGCUGGCGCGGGAGCAGGCAUAGCUUCGGUAUUUCGUGCCCCCAUUGGCGGGCUCUUGUUCACGUUAGAAGAAGUGUCUUCAUUCUGGGACAUCAGGCUGGCCUGGCAAACCUUCUUCUGCUGCUUGAUGGCUACCUUCACCACGGAUUUACUGUCCUCUUCUCUCUGUGGAUUUGUUUACAGAGGUCAUUUUGGAUUUUUUGAAGCAGAGAAAAGAAUUAUAUUUUGGGUUAAGAACUUGCUGGACAUGAACGUCUUGGCCUUUGUUCCAACCAUCCUCCUUGGAAUGCUUGGAGGUCUUCUGGGAGCUCUCUUUGUUUCCCUAAAUAUAAAGAUUAAUAAAUUACGUAUGCAGUUCUUUAAUUCAAUUCCAAAAUUAUCCCUUAGAAAAACAAGCAAGCUGUUGGAAACUGUGCUCAUCCUUGUAUGUACGACGACUGUUACGGUAUAUUUACCGUAUUUCUUUCCUUGCACGCCAGCCAUGAGUGUGAGAAACUACCAGCUGAGAAACAACUCGGAAACCAUAAAUCAGUUCAAGAGGGAAAUUUCAGAAUACAGCUGUUCAUCAAGCACAUGGAUUGGUCCAGAUGGAGUCAGAUAUUCUAAUCAAACCUUCAAUCAAGCUGCUGCUCUUCUAGUUGAAAAUGGGAAGCAAGGGAUCACAUAUCUUUUUAAACGUGGGACUCAUGAAGAGUUUGGAUACACAUCCCUCUGCACUGCUUUGGCAUUUUAUUUCAUCCUCAGCUGUUGGACGGCAGGUUCUGCUGUUGCCAGUGGCCUAGUUAUUCCUAUGCUGUACACAGGAGCUUUGUAUGGCAGGAUAAUUGGUUUGAUUCUUGUUUCCAUUUUUGGUGUUCAAACUAAUGAAUAUGGAGCAUGGAUUGAUCCAGGUCUCUUUGCUGCCAUUGGAGCUGCCUCCUUUUUCAGUGGUGUGUCAAGACUAACCAUCUCCCUCACUGUGAUAAUGGUAGAGAUCACAAAUGAUGUCCAGUCCUUGCUAUUGAUAAUGCUAGCUGUCAUGGUGGCCAAGAUGGUUGGUGACUUGUUCAACGCAUCCCUGUACAGUUCCCUGCUGAGGCUGAAAUGCAUUCCCUACUUGGAUGUGGAACCUUUUGUUCGUCACAGGAGAAAAUGGUUGAACCUGGAAUUGUUCUCUGCCAGGGACGUCAUGGAGCCUGGCGUCAGAGUCCUUCACCUGAAGGAAAACAUUGCCUCCUUGGCUCGGCUUCUUGCAAGUACAAGCCAUGGUGGAUUCCCAGUGGUUUGCAGGCCCAAGCCAGACCAUGCAGAGGUGUUCCAGGGAACUAUUAAAAGGUUAGAGCUGUGCAUGCUGCUGGAGAAUGAGCACAUCUUUGAACCAGAGACAAAUGAUGAGACUUUCUCCUCCUCUCAUCCUCUCUCCUAUGAGAAGAUAACAGUGGAGAAGCUGCCCAAUCUGUCGCGCCUAACCAUGCUGCUGAAUCGCUACACUACAGAUCCCCGGUAUCAGCAACUCUUCAUCAAUCUGGACCCAUACAUAAACAAAUCUGCAAUGUCAGUCCAAGCUCAUUUCUCGCUGCAACGCACCUACAUCAUCUUUCGCACCCUGGGGCUGCGCCACCUCACUGUUGUUGACCGGCAGAACCGAGUGGUUGGGGUGAUCACCAGGAAGGACCUGAUGCCUUUCCCACUGGAGGAGAGGCUGAGGCUCCAGCUGGCACCACGGAGCCCUGAUGUGGGUGAGCAGCCCCUGGAUUCAAGGCCAUGGAUGUGUUCUUAGACUUUGUCACUUCUUUUUGAGCCUAUGUUCUUCUUCAGGAAAAAAAUAAUCAGAGCUUUUCCACUUGAUCCCUCCUGGAGAAGAGAUGCUUAAAAGCUGUUGUAUCUAGACAUGUGGGAUUCUAGCCCGGAGCUAUGUCUCUUCAGCUGUUUGGUAAUUGCAAAAUUCAUUAAUUUAAAUGCUUGUGAGACAAAGUAAGAAUUCAUGUGUUUAUGGAAGAUGUACAUAAAAUCAGACAUGAAGGAUGGAUAUCAAGAAUGCUUUUGUCACACUGUGUCUAUGCCUCCCAGUGAAAAAAUGUCAUAACCAUUAGCAGCAGUUAUGUUGGCAAAGCCUUUCAGUGAGGACUAAAUCUUCAACCUCUGAGUAUCUGCCUGUUAAAAAGGAGAAUGUUUCCAUAUCAGUGUUUUUAAGUUGAAAUAUGUAUGUUUAAUGAGAGGAAAUAUUGCCCUGAGAGAGGUGGGCAACUGAAAGGAACAAGGGAUUGGCCUUUCUUAUUGGCCUAUGUGUAUUAGCAAUUGAAAGGGAGAAUUGUAUGUAAGAGAAAGAUAUUGACUGUGGGGCUCCUGCCAAAUUCCCAUCACACUUCUCAGUGAGAGAAACUUGACAUGGUUUUCUGUUGCCUACAUUUCUUUCAAUUUCUUCAACUAGAAUAGGCUCUCUUUCUCUCCUUCCACCUGAUUUGAUAACAUUUUUAGUUAAGUUCAUUUGCAGUGAGGUAUGGGGCAAAUUCUAAUAAAUGAUAAAUUGUGAAGUAGUUUUUGUGUAUAUAGCCGCAUAUUUACAAAGCACAGAUUAAAUAAUUCUUCAUGAUUUUGGAGUCAUACAAUGUUUGACGCCUUGGAAAGUGUUGUUUGUUAAUAAAUUAAUGUGAACAAUUUUUUGGAUAAAGACAUUUUUAGAUUUCCUUCUAUGACUAUGUAAUUGAUGUUUAACUUUGUUCUGUUAAAUACCAGAGGGAUUCCCACAGAUUUGGAUAUUAAAAUCAAACAUGUACGAAGGAAUCCACCACUAUUAAUGUUGUUAUAACGAAUACCAAGGAAAACUAGUAAUAAUUUACUGGUUACAAAAACUUGCCAAAAUUCCUGAAUGUUAAUUUCUGGUAUUUGAAUCAUGUAGCUUUGA